GGGGCGUGGAGCCAAGCGAACUGAAUGGGAAACACAUUUCACCGCCUCGCCAACCUAAUAUUGAGAUAGAAAGACGAUGACAAGCGAUCACUGGUGUCCAGUGAAGUUUCAUACCGAGAGGAGACCACAGAAAAACCAAAAAUCUCCGUGUUUUGUUAAAGCGAGCUGCGUGGUGUGUGGCUACAGCACCAACGAAGAAGAACAAUCACAGUGAGUGUGGACAGACGUGAACUGAGGUCUGCAGAAAAAUAAAAAUAAAAAAAUAAAGGGACGCGAGGAGUUGACAUGACAUAAAUAGCAUCAUUUCUGUCAUUUCACCCUCUUAUCGUCAGCAUGUUGUUCGGUUAGCAAAGCGCGAGCUGACGCUGUUAUUUGCGGUAAUUCGCUCGUGCGCGUGGAAAUGGGUGGAAUAAUGUGCAGAUAGGGCGUUUUUAAAGUCCACAUUUUUGUCGUGGACGGUCGACUUUCAUCCGUGUCGCCUGUGUCCACCGCCUUUUUUGAAACGAGCUUUUAUAUCUGAUGAAAACCCGCCUGUGCCAUCCAUCCCAGUGCUGCGUUCAGGGCCUCUGCUGACAAACUGCGUCACCGGGUGGGCGCUGCAGGUAUUCAUCUAUAAAUCUGCAUUUUCAGAAAACUCGAAGCCAUGAUGAGGCCAGCCACCUGUAAGCCAAAGUGACUGAACUUAAGUUGAAUGCACGAUGGAGCCGGAGGCAAAACCAAACUCUGAGCCCCAACAGGAGCCCAAGUUUUCCUCUGUGCCCAGUUCUGUGGCUGUGAAGAGCAUGGAUGGGAACGCUCAUCUUGUGGACUCUGUAGUGAGAGGUGGGAGUGACCCCAGCGCUUCUUCCAACUACCAGAAGACUGUGCAUCAAAGGUUCAUCAGGAAAACUCUGUGGUUCUCAGACGCAGAUGAGCAGACCUUCGAAGCACCUGAAAGCGACAGCAGCAGGAGUAAGAUCCUAAACAUAAACUUGAGAACAAUAGUGGACAGGACUGUGGGGACGGGCUGUGGAGCACAAGAGAGUUCCAGCACUGAAAGCCAAUGCGGGCAGAAGGACAGCGCGACAGAGAGCACCAGCGCCGAUGAGGACAAGGAGAGAGCUGGACAGGCUUUGAGUGUGACCUGCAGUGAUGUGGGGAAAGUUGCUGUCAAGUCAGCCAGCGAGGAGAAUGAAGAGGAAGCAGAGAUGAAGGCCGUCUCCACGUCACCUGGAGGGAGGUUCCUUAAGUUUGACAUUGAACUCGGGAGAGGGUCCUUUAAAACGGUCUACAAGGGCCUGGAUACGGACACUUGGGUGGAGGUGGCCUGGUGCGAACUGCAGGACCGUAAGCUGUCCAAAGUUGAACGCCAGCGCUUUAAAGAGGAGGCAGAGAUGUUAAAAGGUCUUCAGCAUCCCAACAUUGUUCGCUUUUACGACUUCUGGGAGUGUCCUCUAAAGGGAAAGAAAUGCAUUGUUUUGGUAACAGAGCUCAUGACAUCAGGAACACUAAAAACAUAUCUGAAGCGUUUAAAGGUAAUGAAGCCCAAGGUGCUGAGAAGUUGGUGCAGACAGAUCCUGAAGGGCCUUCACUUUCUUCACACCAGGACGCCUCCCAUCAUCCAUAGAGACCUGAAGUGUGACAACAUCUUCAUAACUGGACCCACAGGGUCAGUCAAGAUAGGGGAUUUGGGACUGGCAACACUUAAGGCAGCUUCCUUUGCAAAGAGCGUCAUAGGUACUCCAGAGUUUAUGGCUCCAGAGAUGUACGAGGAGCACUACGACGAGGCUGUGGACGUCUACGCCUUCGGCAUGUGUAUGCUAGAGAUGGCCACCUCAGAGUACCCCUACUCCGAGUGUCAAAAUGCUGCUCAGAUUUACCGCAAAGUUACAAGUGGAGUGAAGCCAGCCAGCUUCAACAAGGUCAUGGAUCCUGAAAUCAAGGAGAUAAUUGGCGAGUGCAUUUGCCAGAAGAAAGAGAACCGCUACACCAUCAAGGACCUGUUGAACCACGCUUUCUUUGCUGAGGACACGGGUGUGAGGGUGGAACUUGCAGAGGAGGAUGAUGGGAAAAAGACCUCCAUAGCGCUUAAGCUCUGGGUGGAGGACCACAAGAAGUUAAAAGGAAAGUACAAAGAGAGCGGUGCCAUCGAGUUCACGUUUGACUUGGAGAAGGAGGUCCCUGAGGUUGUGGUGCAAGAAAUGGUGGAGUCUGGCUUCUUCCACGAGAGCGACGCUAAGACCGUGGGGAAAUCGAUCCGAGACCGCGUGGCCCUGAUCAAAUGGAGGCGAGGGAGGAUGGCCUCUAUUGCGGUUCCAGUGGAUCAGAGUGACCCAGGACACAGGAGCAACGCGGCCCCAUCAGAGGGCACCUCCGCUGGGCCGCCACACGUGGGACAGCCUCUCGUGCUCGAACCUGAAGAGCCCGAGGCAGAUCAGCACAGCAGGCGAAACAACUUGCCAACCAGUACCACCUCAGUGACGUCAGACGGCACACUUGACAGUGGUAUGGGCUCUACUGUGUACUCAGACUCCCACAGCAGCCAGCAGAGUGUCCUCUACCAGUCCCUGUUGGAGCCUAUUUCUAUGGCAACACAGCAGUGCCAGAGCAGUAGCCCCUUUCUGACAGACCGACAUUAUCCCUGUGCAAACAGUGAAGUGUGGCAGGCACCGCUCAGUCCUGAGCUCAGGACUCGGUUGGGAAGUGCAGGACGCCGGGGAAGUGCCCCAGUUAUUGACAUUCAAAGGGCAAACCAAAUCAGCCAGCUCCAUGCUUUCAUUCAGUCUCAGAGAUCAAUCAGUCCCACUGUCAUGGUACCAGAGAACCAGGCGGACCUCAGCCCUAGGAAAAGCUGUCCCCGGCAUUCCUCAGAAACUGAGGAAAGGCUCCUCUCCCCCAGUGCUGUGCCAACGCUGCUCAUCUCCCCGGUUUCUUCACCAUCUGAGUUCCGCCGCCUUAGUGAUGCCAGUUUUACGUCACCGCUGGAGGCCACGAAUGAUAAUCUAAACAUUCCUCAGCUAAAUGCACGCAGGCACUCUGACCUUAGCAGUCUUUUGAGCCUAACUAAUCAAAAACAUCUUUCUGGAUUACAUAGAAACCCCACAUGCCAGGCCUGCAUCUCUUUGCUCCUGUCAAGGUCACAAGAUUGCAUCCACCGCUGUUCCCUUGUCUCGCCAACAUAUCUCUGCCCAUGUGACGUACGACUCCAUUCCUUAUCAGGUGCAAAAAUGACUUAUGGUUACGGACAAUCCAAAAGCUCAAGCGAUUAUUCAGAUUUAUCAGUGCUGCAGCAGUCCCUGUUUAACAUAAUCAGCCGCAGAACAGUCCCUUGUCACACCACUCCAACCCAAGCCUCCUCGGCAUCCCCAAGGCCGUCGGGCGGGGAUGGAAACUGCAGCCAAAACAGCAACCCCCUGUCCCCAGAACCUCUCCAGGACUGUGAGGACAGAUACUGUUCCAGAGAGCAGCAAGCUGCCACUGCUGCAGGAGUGGCCAGUUCUGCAGGUCACCAAAGUCAGCCAUCUGUUCAUGGCCUUCCCUCAUCUAGCACAGCAGUGCACACCCAGCAGCAGUACCUUCCUCCUGGACACAGCUACCCUGCUGCACACUACACGGGUCAGCCCAGCACCGCAACACCAGCCCCUGCUAGUUUAAGCUCAAUAAACAUUCAGCAACAGCCCCCAGUUGCAAUGAGCAUUACGACAACUGGGCCACCUGUUGCACAGAGCUAUCAAGCAGUAGGACAAGCAGUAGUACAGGACCCUUUGACUUUUCCUCUGCUUGAGCAUCAGAUGUCCCAUAACUCUGCAGGCUCGCCCCAACAACAGGCUCAGUCUGCAGUUCAUCAGCCAGCACACAGUUGCCCCACUGCAUCAGUUCCCCCAGCCGUAGCAGCGACAGCUCCAUGUCAGUCAGCACACGCUCCCAGCUCAUCCCACCAGGCCCAAGUCCCAGUUAGACAGCUCAGUCAGCAGCCUGCUCAGAGCUCCUCUACACCAGCACUUUACAAUCAACAAAUAACCAUUCAACAAGAACAACCCUUACCACAAAAUGCUCAUUCAAGUGUCCAGCAGACAAUAAAUCAGCUUAACCACGAAUCUGUUCAUAGCGCACUCCAGCAAAUGGCUCAGUAUCCCACCUUUUCAUCUCACAGUCUUCAGUGUCCCACGCAGCAACAAGCAGGUGCCUCAGCUCUCCAGCAGCACGGUCAAAAUGUGACGAUGACACUUUCAGAGCAGAGUCUGAAUGCAGCGCAGUGCCAGUCCUGUCCCACCAGAACCCCAGCUCUGCAGGUUCCUGCAGAACAGAAGGGUUACUUUGUCCCAGGUCCACCUGACGCAGCCCCUCAAAGCUAUGCACAGCCUACUGUCCAACAAGCCGCAACGGGUCAGAACCAGUACCAGUCAGCACAGUGUAUCACUGCUCCACAUGGUUAUGGAGGAGCUAACCGAGCAGUAUCUCCUCAUAACUUUUCAACCUCUUCCCAGCAAAACCACACUGUACAAAUCAACCAGCAGAGUAUUUCUUUCGGUCAGAGCAUUUUGCAAAUUGGACAAGAUGGACAAAAUCUCAUCCAGUCAGCUUCCAGUUCAAGACUUGCUCCUCAUCAGUCACUGGCCCAGACUACUGCCCACCAACAGCUAGACGCCCUGCAGAUCUCAGCGUCUCUCGCAUCAUCACAACCACCCCAGUUUUCCUCACAGUAUCCUACAGUCCAGGUGAUGCCAGCUGUGGCUGACUGUGAAUCAUCCUACCCUCCCUCCUGCACUGCUCUUCAUCCUUCUGUCCCCUCAUCUCUUUCUCACAUCUUCCUUUCUUCUGGCUUCACAGUUUCUGUGACCCCCUCUGUCUCCCCUCUUUCUCCUCUGCACAUUGAAAACACAUUAGUCUCACCCAUUCACGUGUCCCUCAUACCAUCUCCAUCGUCUGCCCUGGGUUUGGUGGAACUCUCAUCCCCUCAACACCAACCUAUUGCUGCUCGAUCUGCAGCAUCUCAUACGCAGGCUGCAUUUAUUUCAGUCCCAACCACCUACCCCAUACACACACACACUGCUCAGAGCCAGAACAUACACCCUCCUACAAACGGCAGCUCACAGCCUCUGACACAGCAGGUUCCUCAGCCGGCUCAGGCCAGCCACGCUGAGCCGAUCCUCGGUGCUCAUCAAGUCCAGUCAGCUCAGCUCACACAACCUGCAGUCCUCACCUCAUCUCUGCAUGAUGAGGCGGACCUGCACACCUCCACUGCUGUUACCCAGCCGGACAGCACAAACCCUUGCCAGCUGCCCCCACAGAGCCAAGCCCAGAGUUGGACAAAGCUCAGCACUGUCACAGGAGCUGCAGGUCAAAGUCUGACAGAGAUCAACAUGGAGGAUCAGGCUGCUGAAAAACCUAUUGGAGGGCAGAGCUACGACAGUGUCAACUCUGACGCAACAUCAGGAAGGGAGAUGAGUGACGGUAACGAAGGGACGCAAGGAAGCAAAGGGGACGGGAAAGUUCGCAAACACCGCAGGACUUCACGCACCCGUUCUCGACAGGAAAAGACCAACAGGCCGAAACUAAACAUGCUCAAUGUGUGCAACACCGGGGACAAGAUGGUCGAGUGUCAACUAGAGACUCAUAACCAUAAAAUGGUAACUUUUAAAUUCGAUCUGGAUGGAGAUGCGCCCGAGGAAAUAGCUACUUACAUGGUGGAAAAUGAUUUCAUCCUGCCUCUGGAAAAAGAGGCAUUCAUUGAACAACUGAAAGAUAUUGUUGACAAGGCUGAAGACAUGCUGAGUGAGGACACAGAGGGCGAGAGGACCUCUGACCUGGGAUGCAAUCUUAAACACACAGAAGGAGCUGGUGCAGUGGGAGCAGAGGCUUCUAAACCCAGUGCCCCGCAACUAGUCUAUCAACAAAAUGUCCUUCACACUGGUAAACGCUGGUUUAUCAUCUGCCCUGUGGCUGAAACACCCAUGCAAGACAAAGAAAGUACUUCAGCGCACACCUCUACAGCCCAGGAAUAUGAAAAGUCUGGCUCAUUGUCAGUCGAGUCUAACAGCAGUACAGCUGCAGCGGCUACCCCUGGUGCAUCUUUAUCUUCCCAAAAUGCAUCAUUCUCAACAGAACCGUCAGACCAAAUCCUCUGCAAAACCCAGGUCCAGCAGACCCAGCCCUGUGUAACUAAACAUACUCUUCUUGCUGGAAGCAGCAGUCAUGACCGCGCGCUUCCUGUUGAAGAACCUCACAUUUCAGCUGUGUCUAUGGUAUCAGAUAUACCAUGCUGCUCAAUUGUGCCACCCGUCUCCCUGGAUGAUAAUGCUGCUGACAAAGGAGCGAGGACUGGUGCCUCCGUCUCAUCGCAACCUAAUCAACCAAAUAAGGCUAGCCCUACUGAAGACCUACCUCCUCAGCUGCCCUGCAAACAGUCUGUGGUCCUGCAGCAGCCUUAUGCCACACCCAUACAGCCCGGAACCGUGACCUCCCAGCCUCAAAGUCCCGCCCAUCAAAACCCCCCGUCAUCAAACCAGCCGCAGUCUGGGGGACAAGGAGAGUCGGACGGCGAGGGGCCUCGUAAGGUGGAGUUUGUUGACCGUACCAUCAAGACACUGGAUGAGAAGCUGCGAAACCUGUUAUACCAGGAGCACGCUCCCUCUCAGCCUUCAAAUGCCUCAUCUGAACCCCAGACCUCCAGCACAGACAGACAGAGCUCCCCUCCAGUCUCAGAUGGCCUCAGCACUGAGGGUCCACUCUCGAAGAAAAAGAUGGAACCAUUGCCCCAGAUUCUUGAGCGCACAGAUUGUGUGGAGGCCUUAAGUGACCCUGCAGUAACAGACUCCAGCAAGACCAAACAGAUCAGAACAGAUGGCUCCGCCAGCUCUAGUUCACAGGCCCCAAAAAGCAGAUUUCAGAUCAUCCCCACUCCAUCAGAUGUCAUUUGUUGUUCUGAAAAAAGCAAGACGAGCUACAGUGCUUGUAGUUCCACAGCACCCUCUAGUGGUUCUGGAGGGUCCCACAGCCAGCUCCAAAGCAAGCAUGGGAAGGAGAGCAGCUGUGUGGCUGCAGGCAGGUCCUCUGGAACAGCUGGAGCUGGCGAUGACACUGCAGGAACAUCUAAACCUGUCAGGGGUAGCCGUAAUUCUGCCCCGCCAAACUUUUAUCAAGCCACCCCCAGUUCCAGUCCUGAUCGCACCUCUCGUAUCCCCCGAGCCCAAACGAUCGACACUUCCACCCAUCCUCACUGCCACUACUCAGACUCAGCCGACGAGGACAGCAGCAGCAUGGCCUUUCCUCCAGCCCAGCCUCCUAAGGCUCAUUCUGUGUCAGAGCACAGUGGAAGCGACCUCGUUAAAAGGGCAGUCGCCUUCCUGCGGCGCUCGGGUCGAAGCAAAAGUGAGCAGAGCUCUGAUUCACAGAGCCGUCAGCUAGUGGCGAUGAAUGGUCACACCCCCUCGCCUUCUGCCGGACACAUCCACUCAUCUUACAUCAGCAGUGACAACGACUCUGAGUUUGAGGAUGCAGAUAUGAAGAAAGAACUACAGAAACUCAGAGAAAAACACAUGAAAGAGAUCUCCGAGCUUCAGGCUUUCCAGAGGAGUGAGAUUGAACAUCUGUACAAGGAGCUGGGAAAAACUUUGCCACCCAGUGUUAGCCUGCUUCACGCUGUUCCUCCAACGGGUCGAAGGCGCAGAACCAGCAAACACAAGCUGAAAGCUGGAAAACUGCUCAACCCAAUGGUGCAGCAGCUCAGAAAUAACCUCAACAGCACUAGUGUGGAAAAGAAAGGUGAGAGCGCUGCCAGUUCCUCCAGCUCUCCUGCUAAAAGUUCACUCCUCUCAGAUGGCUCUGCCCACUCCAGUGCCAGCUCCAGCUCCAGCCAGCAGCCAGGAACGCUCCCGGAGCAGGUCCAUACCCAGCAGCCCUGCUCGCUUAAAAGUUCUUUCUCUUCAGACAGCAUCUACACAGGAAGACAUGGUGACGGAUCGGCCAACCAAGCUGGCCCUGGUCAAGGCUGGACGGUUUACCACCAAACGUCAGAGAGAGUCACCUAUAAAUCUAGUAGCAAACCACGCACUAGAUUCCUCAGUGGACCUGUGUCUCUGUCCAUCUGGUCCACUCUGAAACGACUAUGUCUAGGCAAAGAGCGCAGUAGUAGGUCCUCUCUUAACACCACCACAGCACAGACGGCCUCCGGUCAGACACAGCCACCAAUCACCGCAGCGGCGACGUCACCCUCUCCCCAGACGUUUGCGAGGCUCGCUCAGGUUCAGACCAACAACAGCAACAACAAGAGAGGCACGUUCACGGAGGAUCUUCACAAACUGGUAGACGACUGGACAAAAGAGACGGUCGCAGCGGCCAGUCAGACACGACCCUCCCUGAACCAGAUGAAACAGCAGAGGUGCCUGCAAGGCUUUGAAGGCAGACCACCCCUGAUGGGAGCAGGUGCAUGUGAGAUGAAAUACCCUGUUGUUACCAACAAGUUCCAGCCACCGCUCCCAUGCCCAGUGAUUACUGCUUUAGGCCCUGGUCUGCCUGCAGCCCUGGCACCAAACGCCUCCAUGGUGCUCCCUUCUGGUUUCCUUGUACCAGCAGGCUCCUAUGGUGGGAUGGCUCCGAUGUCUCUUUAUCCACAGCAGUGGGCAGGCGUGACCAGUCCAGUAGGCUCUGUGGUUCCUGUAGGGAUGCUUGGUGCUCCAAGAGUGAUACCAUACAGCACAAUGGCAAACCCAGGGAUCCAAGCCUUCCCUUUUGUCAUGCACAAUCCUGAGACCAGCCAAUCUUCAAAAACCGCUAGAACUACCUAAUCUGCUGAGUGAAAUGCUUCGGUGUCUUCGGGAGAGUCUGUUCUUACUUUACACUGUUCAUAAGAGCCACAAAUGUAUAUAGUCUGAUCUUGUAAAGAACAGUGUGUUGGUUUUCUUUAAACAACACGUAUAUCUGUUGUAAAUGGUGUGUAUGUAUGUAAACCAAACAGUACAUGUUGGUAAUAUCUGAAUACAUUUUGCUUUUUGGCUUAUGCUUUUUUAAGUGGUUCCCAAUUAACUCAGCCACAAAAUACAUUUUUUAUUUGCAGU